AUGCCUGCUUCCGAUGAUGAUCAAGGUGUGCAAGAUGAUGAGACCCCUGUUGAUAAAGAAGUUAAGACAACUGGUGAUAAUGAUGAAACAUCUGCUGAGAAAAAUGAUGAGACUCCUGUUACUAAGGAUGUUGAGACAUCUGUUAAUGAGACCCAUGUUGCCAAAGAUGUUGAGACAUCUGAAGCUAUCAAUGUCGAAGCAUCUGAUUCCAAAGAUGAUAAGACUCUUGCUCCUGAGAAAGAUGAAGAGCUCAUCAAAACUGCAGGUUUGAUUAAGACUGUUUCUCAAUUUUCUAAAUGUUAUGAAAUGCUGGUAAAAGAGUUCAUUGUCAAUUUAUCUCAAGACUGUGCUGAUGGUAGAACAGAUGAUUUUCAUAAAGUUUAUGUUAGAAGAAAAUGCAUAGAGUUCUCCCCUGCUGUUAUCAAUCACUAUCUAGGUAGAAAUGCUGAAGCUCAACCUGAGCUUGAAGUAACUGAUAAUGAGGUCUGCAACACCAUCACUGGGGGUAAGGUUAAAAAGUGGCCCAUCAAAAGCAAACUGUCUGCUAGUCUCUUGACUGUAAAGUAUGCUCUGCUGCAUAAAAUUGGCUCUGCCAACUGGGUGCCCACCAAUCACACAUCUACCAUUGCUGUUGGUUUAGGAAGAUUCAUUUAUGCUAUAGGGACCAAGACUGUGUUUGACUAUGGAACCUAUAUUUUUGACCAGACUAUGAGACAUGCAGGUACCUCUGCUACUAAGCUUCCUAUUGCCUUUCCAUCCCUAAUAUGUGGAAUAAUCCUAAAGCAAUACCCUGGCAUCUUGAAAGCUAAAGAUUCUGUUUGCAAAAGGGAAAGUGCUUUGACUUUUCACUACAAGCUGCUUCAAAGGACUGAUGCCUCAACAUCUGCUGGAACAUCUCAAACUUGCAAAUCUGUGACCAAAGCCUCUCUUAUAGCUGAGCUGAAGGAGACCUAUGCUGCUGUUGCCGUUGGGGUUUUUGAGUCGAGAAACUGUUAG